CUGGAGCAGCUAAAGACGAUCGGCCGGGAGCUCGCCAUGGGCUCCCAAGGCGGAUUUGGGCAGUCCAAAGAGUUCCUCGACCUCAUCAAAUCCAUUGGCGAGUCUCGAUCCAAGGCCGAGGAGGACCGCAUUGUGGUGCGCGAAAUCGAAACCUUGAAGUCCAGGUUGUCGGAUCCCAACACCCCUAAAUUCAAGCUGAAGGAGUAUUUAAUCCGCCUCCUCUAUGUCGAGAUGCUCGGCCAUGAUGCCUCUUUCGGGUACAUCCAUGCCGUCAAGAUGACGCACGAUGAUAAUCUGCUGCUGAAGAGGACCGGGUAUCUGGCCGUGACUCUGUUUCUGAAUGAGGAUCACGAUUUGAUUAUCUUGAUCGUGAACACGAUGCAGAAGGACUUGAAGAGCGACAACUAUCUGGUUGUUUGUGCUGCCUUGAAUGCCGUGUGCCGAUUGAUCAAUGAGGAAACUAUCCCGGCGGUACUGCCGCAGGUUGUGGAGCUGUUGGGGCAUCAGAAGGAGACAGUAAGGAAGAAAGCUGUGAUGGCACUUCACGGUUUCUUUCAGAGGGCUCCUGGAUCGGUUUCUCAUCUCAUUUCCAAUUUCCGUAAGGUGCAUAAUCUCGAUUUGCAGUUGAAUGUGUGGGUGUAUGUUUUAGUUGGAGUUUUGGUGUUCACAGUAAGGCUUUGUGACAACGAUCCUGGUGUUAUGGGUGCGACGCUUUGCCCACUUUUUGAUCUUAUUGCAAUUGAUGCGGACACGUAUAAAGAUUUAGUCGUUAGUUUCGUUAACAUUCUUAAACAAGUAGCUGAACGGAGACUACCAAAAAGUUACGACUAUCAUCAAAUGCCUGCUCCUUUCAUUCAGAUCAAAUUGUUGAAAAUUCUGGCCCUACUAGGUAGUGGGGACAAAAAGGCCAGUGAACAAAUGUACACAAUUGUUGGAGACAUUAUGAGAAAAUGUGACUCAACAACGAAUAUAGGUAAUGCAAUUCUCUAUGAGAGUGUGUGCUGUGUUUCAUCCUUACACCCGAACCCUAAGUUGCUAGAAGCUGCUGCGGACGCCAUUUCAAAAUUUCUGAAGAGCGACAGCCACAAUCUGAAAUAUCUUGGUAUUGAUGCUCUUAGUAGACUGAUAAAGAUAAGCCCAGAAAUAGCGGAACAGCAUCAACUGGCUGUCAUUGAUUGCUUAGAGACCAUGAAUAGAGUAUUUGAGCACGCAGGGGACCUGGUAAAUGCCAAAGUUGCACAUAAUUUGAUGCGAUUGAUUGCUGAGGGAUUUGGGGAAGAUGAUGAUACUGCAGAUAGUCAGCUUAGGUCAUCAGCUGUAUGUUCUCAUUUAGGAUCCGAGUUUUGUUCUGGUCCUUUUGUCUCGCUUCAAACAAUUAAAUGUUUUACGUAUCUUCUGAGUUCAUCUUGCUAUUGAAGAUAUUCUCAUUGAUUAUUUGAGAUACUAUGGUUUUUCCAUCACACUUAGCUUGGUAUAUGUCGAUAUGCCUAUAUACUGUUUCAGUUAUUGUAUUUGCUGUGUUUUUUAUAGGUAAGAGGGUAAAUAUCUCUUCGAGAAUGAUAAAACUAGAAAGAGUCAAGUCAGGAUGUGAAAUGGUUCUUAUUGGAAACAAGAUGUAAUAGACUAAUAUAGCAUUAUAUUAUAUUACAUCCACGUCUAGCUGUAAUUGGUUUUAAGAAAGCUCAUUGACAGUAACUAUGUAAGCCUUUUUUGCUAUUUGAUUUGGUCAAUUAUCAUGACAUGUGGAAACAAAUAAACAAAUAGAUUACUAUCUACUAGGUUUGGACAAAAAACUCAUUUGGCUGGGGAUUAUUGAAGAGGCCACUAACUGAUGUUUUUCCCUUUAGAUUUCAGGACAUUCUUAUUCUUGGUUUUCAAACUAAUAUUAAGUCUUUCUAAGACUUGAAGAAAGUUAAAUGUCAAUUUUCUUUUAGAUUCAGAAGGAAUUAGUGCUAUGCUAAUCCUACUGCUAUAAAAGAAUUGCAGAAAAGUAUGUGCAUUGCUGCUUUGGGAUUCGGACAUGAGAAAUGUAUGAGUCUGGCUGUUAUGAAGUUUAAGAACUUACCUGCUGUUCAAGGCAAAAAGCUACUGAAUAGAAAAGAUUUUGAUUUCCUGGUUCCGUUUACCUUCACAAACUGUACCAUCUCAGUGGCUUAGCUGGCAUGUUCUUAGUUAUGUCUUGUCUUGUUGAGGAUGCUGCAGAUAAACAUGGGAGAUUUUGAUACCACACGUUUCAACAUAAUUUUCAUUUACUAUAAUUUAAGUUCCUUUUUAUUUUCUAAAGUAGGGUCAAUUCAAUGGUGUUAGUGCAAGUCUAAAGACUUGCACUCUCCGCACACUUGAAGCUUGGGGAAGUUGAGAAUAGACGAGUUAUUUUUUGGUCUUAACAACCACUGCCGAAGAAGAAUGACCUUUUAUCAUCACUCUCUUGUUUCUGAGAUGGUGUUUUAAAUUGCUGCUGAUCUUGUCACAUACAGAUAUUUUUGUUCCUAAAUUGUUAAUUUGUCAUUGUUUUUAUAAAUUAGCUAUUAAUCUUACAAAUAUCUUUCACCGAAUUUGAUUUUUGUGGAUAAAAUUUAUUGGCUCAUUUUAGCACUUAUAAGAAGAAUCUGGAUAACUGGGGUGCAGGUGGAGUCUUAUCUUCGAAUUAUGGGGGAGCCAACACUUCCAUCUGCUUUCCUUCAAGUGAUAUGUUGGGUCUUGGGCGAAUACGGGACUGCUGAUGGGAAGUAUUCUGCCUCAUAUAUCACUGGGAAGUUGUGUGAUGUGGCAGAUGCACAUCCAGAAGAUCAUACCGUUCAAGCGUAUGCAGUUUCAGCAAUUAUGAAGAUACAUUCAUUUGAAAUAGCUGCUGGGAGAACUGUGGACAUACUGUCUGAGUGCCAAUCGUUGAUUGAAGAUUUGUUAGCAUCUCAUUCAACUGACCUUCAGCAGCGUGCUUAUGAACUCCAAGCAAUUCUUAGUUUAGAUGCCCAUGCUGUUGAGAAAAUAAUGCCAAGGGAUUCCACUUGUGAUGACAUUGAGAUGGACAAGAAUCUCUCGUUUCUCAACACCUACGUCCAAAAGUCGCUCGAAAAUGGCGCCCAGCCUUAUAUCCCCGAGAGCGAGCGCCAAGGGAUGUCAAGCGUCAGCAAUUUCAAGCUCCACGAAGAUCACGAGCCGUCCACGCACCAUGCCCUAAGGUUCGAGGCCUACGAGCUGCCCAAACCCUCAGUACCCUUAAAUGAGCCACCUAUGCUGGCAUCCUCAUCCGACCUCAUCCCUGUCCCAGAGCUUUCGUACUCUACAUCCCAAUCAGCUGCACCCACUCAACACCUCUCAGAUUCUGGCCAAUCAGAGCUCAAGCUCCGGCUCGAUGGGGUCCAGAGGAAAUGGGGCCGCCCCUCCUACACCUCCUCCCCCUCCCCCGCCCCAUCCACUUCAAGCACGGAUAACAUAAGGAUUCAGAGUGACAGUUCGAAUUCGAGGGCCCACGAUUCUUCUUACAGCAAUAAUAGCAAUUUGAAAAGGCAGCAAGAAGUGGAGAUAUCGCCCGAGAAGCAGAAGUUGGCAGCCUCGCUCUUCGGCAGCGGGUCGAGACAUCAGAAGUCUCGGAAUCAGGCUUCUUCAACUUUGGAAGAAAAGCCCAAAGCAUCCCAGCCACCGCCACCUGAUUUGCUCGACUUGGGUGAGUUGUCUAUGGGUAGCGAUGGUGGGUCGUCUUUCGACCCUUUCAAGGAAUUGGAAGGUCUUCUCGACUUUUCCCAGGACACUGCAAGCAGUGGUGGCGGAGUUGGAGUUGGAGUUGGAGUUGAUUUGGAUGUGAAGCCAUCCUCUGAUUUUAUGUCUCUGUUUGCUGACAUGUCCGUGAAUGGUCUUGGAGGAGGAAGUAAUGUGGAGAAUACCAUACAGCAAAUCAAUAAGGGGCCGAAUUUAAAGGAAGCUCUGGAGAA